AUGUCAGAAGUUCAGUCUUCAUUUCAACAAGCUCUUAUUGGCAACAGAAAUAUGGAAGAUACAAACAAAUUUUUAACCAAAUUUAGAGGAUGUUAUUUUGCAAAUACUCAACUUAAUCUUGAAAAUUUAGAAAAUUUAGAUGAUUUUGAAAUCAGAGAUGAUGAUGUCUUCAUAAUCACAUACCCCAAAUCUGGUACUGUCUGGUUUCAGCAGAUAUUAUGCUCGAUUUAUUUUGAAGAACAUCGCAAAGGCAUUGGGGAUCUGGAAACAGUUGAACGCAUCCCGUUUAUUGAGUACGCCCCUCAAAAAGUGGAUUUUGCUGAAAAGCCAUCUCCUCGUCUCUUCGUUACCCACAUCCCAUACUACUUGGCUCCCAGGGGGCUAAAGAACAAAAAAGCCAAAGUUAUUUACAUAUACAGAAACCCUAAGGAUGUUAUGUGCUCAUUUUUUCACUUUUUAAAGAAACUGACAGCAUCCACUACAGAUAACUUUGUGGAAUUCAUGAAAGUAUUUCUAGAAGGAGAAGUGGUAGGAAGUCUUUGGUUUGACCACAUCAAAGGUUGGUAUGAGCACAAAAGCCUGUUCAACAUUCAGUUCUUGAUGUAUGAGGAGAUGAAGAAGGACCUCAGAGGCUCUGUGUUAAAAGUAUGCAAAUUUUUGGGGAAAGAAUUGAGUGAAGAGGACGUGGAUGCUGUUGUGAGACAGGCCACGUUUGAAAACAUGAAGAAUGACCCACGAGCCAAUUAUGACAAUAAACUCAAGGCCCAUUUUGGGAUACAAAAAAAAGGUCAUUUCCUUCGCAAAGGUACCACUGGAGACUGGAAAAAAAUCAGAUGA